AAAGCCUUAAGAGUUGUUAAAAGAACCAAGAAAUUGUGUUAUGGCUUGCUGGUCUGCAGAAAAUGCCACAAAGGCCUACCUUAGCACUUUGAAAAUGGGUCAAAAGGGCAAAGAGCCAGAUGUGGCUGAGUUUAUAUCAGCACUAGCUGCUGGAAACAACGCACAACUUAUGGUUGUGGCAUGUGCUGCUGCAGCACACUCCACCACACUAGCAUUGGUUGCUGCUGCUCAUCAAACUGGUGGCCAAGUCAUUUGCAUUGUUCCUGGCCAUGAAGAGCUGAAGGCCUCCAGAAAGGCCUUGGGAAUGGCUUCUCAUCAAGUUCAAUUCAUGAUUGGAGAAGCUCAAGAACUUUUGUGUGACCAAUAUGAAGCAGCAGAUUUUGUGCUCAUUGAUUGUAACCUCGAGAACCAUGAAGAGAUUCUUAAAGCAGUUCAAGAGGGUAGGAAGCAAAAUGGCACAGUGGUUGUGGGUUACAAUGCAUUUAGCUGCAGAGGCUCUUGCUUGUCAUGUGGAUCAAAAACACAGCUUCUUCCUAUAGGAGAAGGGCUUUUGGUGACUAGAUUUGGGGUCACUGACACUAGUCCAAAAUAUGCCACUAGAAUGGGAAAGAUCAAAAGCCGUUGGGUUGUCAAAGUAGAUAAAUGCACUGGCGAGGAACAUGUGUUCAGGGUCAGAUUUCCUCACGGGAAAGUGAUUCAAGCUUAA